CUUCUUCCUUGCACAUUUUUGAUAAGAAAGGGCAGAGUACAGAUAAAUAAAAAACUAUGUCAAUUAAGAGUUAACCAAGGUACGGAAUAUAAACAAAAUGAUAGAGAAGAAUAAGUAUGUUCCUCGGGUUAAUCAGAUUGAUGCAAUUUAUCUGAACAAGGACAUCGCACGCCUGAUACGUGAUAAUCUCCUGGAAAAUCUUCAAGCCAUUUCACCCGUUUUAUUUAUCAAAAUCCAGCCCGAGCUUGAUUUGUUGAUUCAGUCCGCCAUUUGGUUUGGUUCCGUUGGAAAGAGAUGUUCAACCUUUGGCCAGCAGCUUCUGGUCCUGGCCUACGAUGCCGAGAAACUGACCGUCUCCCGGCUGGUACUCCACUUCGCCUUGACAGUUCUUCCAGGCUACAUCAAGAGCUGGGAGGAAAGGCGAUUAACGAGGCGCGUGGAAUGGUUUAGUCAGAUGAUCUCCUGGGCAGAGAACAGUGCUUUAGUGCUGAACAUACUUAACUACUUUCGAUUUCUGAAAACUGGAAGAAAACCCACUUUAAUUGACUUCCUUUUGGGACUGGACUAUAUAAGUCUGAGAAACAACCAAAGGAGGGACAUCGGUUACAAGUACCUGACCCGCGAGUUGCUCUGGGGAGGAUUUAUGGAAAUCCUUGGUCUCGUGCUGCCAAUAAUCAAUUUUCGAAAGCUACAGAGAUUACUGAAGGCCUGGACCUUUGGUGGGUUAUCCGGAAAGAAAUUGGAAACUGGAAGUAGUAGUAAAGCAGAGCUCCUCUCUCCAAAGAUGACGGCGGACACCAUCUGUACAUUUUGUGGGGAAAGACCCACUCUCCCCCACCAUAUGGGCUGUGGACAUAUUUAUUGUUAUUAUUGCCUGAGCGCAAAUAUUUUAACGGAUGCAAGUUUUAAUUGCUCAGUAUGUGGGGCAACGUGUCCCGAGAAAGGAAUCCAAAGUCUAUGAACUACGGAUUUAAUACCCAAGUGAUGGUUUUAUAUGUCUUUUAUAGUGAUAAGCUAAAAAUGGGCUGUAAGAAAGAAAUAAAAGCAAAUAUUUUAUAGUA